GACCCUGCCCCCCCUUGUCAAUGUUUGCAGAUGGUUGCACAGCCUCUCGCUCGCUUCCUGGCCUUGCACCCAUCCGGUCUCCUCCAGGGAUUCUCCCCUCCGGCCCCACCGCCUUAUCCGGGGGGCGAACCGGCAGCUCAGCUUUAGGAGGGGCUCUGCGCCCUCUUUCUACCGGGAACCCCCCCCCCACUCCUUCCCCAACCGGGGGCUGCGCGACUCCCAGCAUGAUCGUGGCUGCAGCGGCGGACCGGAACAAGGAGCCCAUCCUGCGGGUCCUGAGGCAGUACGUGGACGCCCACGAGGCCCAGGUCCAAGUCCUGGAAGUGGCGUCGGGGCUCGGGAAACACGCGGCCCAUUUCGCCCAAGCCCUGCCCAACGUGGUCUGGCACCCCUCCGACGUGGACCCCAAGUGCCUGGAGAGCAUCUCUGCAUUUACCAGAGCACUUCACCUCACCAAUGUCAAACCGCCCAUUUACCUGGAUGCGUCUCAGAGCUGGGAAUCGUGGGGCGGCUUGCGUCCUGGCUCUUUGGACCUCCUCAUCAACAUCAAUAUGAUUCACAUCUCAGAACUGAGCUGCACGGAGGGGUUAUUCAAAGGAGCAGGAAAGCUGUUGAAACCCAAAGCAGUGAUGCUCACUUAUGGGCCCUACUCCGUGAAUGGGUGCAUCACCCCCCAGAGCAACAUAGACUUUGAUUACAGCCUAAGACAGAGAAAUCCAGCCUGGGGCCUCCGGGACACGGCUCUGUUGCAGCAGCUUGCCGAGGCCAAUGGAAUGCAACUGGAGAAGAUGGUGGACAUGCCAGCAAACAACAAGUGCCUCAUUUUCCGCAAACUCUAAACGACCAAAGGAGGGUGUCUUAUGGGCCAAAGCUUUCCUGCCUUCGCUGGAUGUGUCUGUCGGUGUUUGACUCUUCGCUGCUUGUUGCUUCCUCCACUUUCGCGGGGGGAAACGGAGUCCUUGGAUGCUGAGAUAAUGCCCUGUGGAAGAUUUGUCCUGGGAGAGACAAGUUCUCUUUCUCUCCUUCUCUCCAUGUUCUGUAGUUAUGUUUUUUUGGUAUCAUGUCCUUUCCUCUCUUUUUUAAUGGUGUUCGAAAUUAGAUGCAGCAUUUGGAAAAGUUGGCUCAUUAGACCUACACCAGCCGGCUCAGAGAUUCUGGGAAUUAUUGCCCUAAAAGGCAACUUUUCCGAGUUCUGGGCCGAUGAUGUUCAUGCGCCCGUCUUGGGCCACGCCAGCUCUCUCCAGGGGCUUUGAGAGAAUGGGAUGUAGGUCAAGCAACCCAGUCCUGUAUCCCUCCACGGGCUUGUGCUAUAUUCCCUCUUCUAGGCUUUUAGCAUCAAGGUCUUGCGGUGGCUAGUAAUUAAUUUCGUAGAGCCCAAUGAGACAAUGAGAAACUCUAAUGAAGUCUAGGGUUCCUGCUUGUGGGGGUUCUACUGGUAUCCAUUGCUGUGUCAGCCACGGAGGCUACCAAAGCAGGAUUUGCGGGGUAUAAGCUGGUACGUACAGUCCUGUGUUCUCCUCCAUGGCUCCCAGUUUCCUGUUCAGUCAUAAUGACGGAACGAGGGGGUUGUCUCUCAUGAUGUCUGUCACUUGCUC